GUUCGGCCGCUGGCUCCCGAGCCGGCAGGGGCCCCGGGCAGAGCGGCUCCGCGCGCGGCGCUCCGGCCGCCCAGCGCGGGGAGGACGCGCGGCAGCGCCAGCCUCGGGGCCGCGCUGGUUAGGUGGGACUCGAGGGCAUUGCCUAGCGCCCAAGCCAUGGUGGCCAAACAGCGGAUCCGGAUGGCCAACGAGAAGCACAGCAAAAACAUCACCCAGAGGGGGAACGUAGCCAAAACCCUGAGGCCGCAAGAAGAGAAAUACCCUGUGGGACCAUGGCUGUUGGCACUGUUUGUUUUUGUUGUCUGUGGCUCAGACGGGAUUAAAUGAAAUGAUACCCAGCCUCACCUCCAAGAAAUCAUGCAGCACAUGGUAGUGACGGUUCUCAUCUGUUCUCGUCCUCAUCAAGCCUGACCACCAUUGCCCUCUGGGGAGGGCGUAACAAAGACGCUUCGGCCUUAUGUUCCCCAGGACACAUUUAACCCCAAUAGCUAGAACCGGGCCGGGGGAGCUAACUCGCUCUUAGCAAGAUAAGCGGGGGUGCCAGGUGGGCUUCCAGGCUCCCCACCCCCUCGGUCAAAAACUCCUGGUGGCUCUGGAUGAGAGGUAGCGGCAUUUCAGAGGAGUUACAGGCAGCCAGCAGAUCUUGCAUCAAGGGCUACCGGCAUCCAGGGGCCCGGUUUGAUGCAUCUGCUCCAAGCACCUGGCCUGCAUUCCCUGCUCGGGGGCCGCUCAUUUUCCAGGCCACUGCCGUUUUGAAAAGGCAGCCUCGCUGACCUGUGAAAUGAGUGCGGUGCCUGUAUGAGAGCCCCGUCCCCUCUCCCCAGCAGCCACAGGACACUUCUGGGGAAGGGGGCCAAAUCCGUGAGCGCCUGAGGGAUCCUGAUGGAAUUAGCAGGAGUUAUCUAUAAAUCCCCGAGGCAUCCAUCAGCAGACAGAGCAAGGCUGCCUUUUUAAAGAAGUUCACUGACCUCGUGUUAACUUAACUCCUUGUUAGGAAAUAUCUAAUCAGCUGGAUGCUAACAUGUCAAGGGCCCAGGGGUCAGCAGAAGCAGGGUUCGCUGUGGGCUUGGGUUUCCAGCUGUGUGCUGCCUGCUAUC